CAAACAUGCACCCAUGCAUGCCUUAGUGCACGUAAUAAUGUAAGCACAUGACAGCUAUGAGAGGACAAAGCACUAUACUGCCAUGUCAAGCCCACAAGUGCAAACACACACUUCCACAGACACAAUUGGAAAGUGUCCAUCAGCCACAGAACCUGCUUGAUAUCCGUCUCUCCAAAGCUAUAACAAAGGACAGACACUAUUUCUUCACUACACUCAGGAGGCUGGUGACACUCAUCUUACAAUAGACACUUGACUGUAUGUUAUCUGCACCAAUAGGUAUUGCUUAGAAAACUGUUAUGAUCUGGCAGGUCACCUCUCUCUCCUCUCCUGGUGUUUUUUCCCUUCCCAGUGUCUCUUCUGAGUUUGUUUUCCAGGUCGUGGCUAUUCCUCCCUCCUAUACCUGAGUCUUUCCUCCUCGUUAUCAAGUUCAUCCAAGAUCGAUCUGGCUCAUUACCACACCUGACUCCUGCUGCUUAUAAACCUUGGGUCAAGAUAUCCUCAGACGUUUCCCCUGGUCACCAUGUGUAUCCAGCUCAGGAUGGAGGAGAGCUGAGGUUGCACUGCCCCCAAAUCUCUGAAGUUCAUCAAAGCAGUAUUUAAUUCCCCAAGAGCAAAUGAUGCACGCUGCAAGCUGAGUGUGCGUGUAGUGUGAGGGAGAGUCAUUGGUGUGUGUGUGUGUUGUAUGCGUGUGUGUGUGUGUGGAGAGAGAGAGAGAGACAUAGACUGAGCCCCUAACACGGAGCAUGCCUCUGCGUCCGGCAGCCGGCAAACAUGAGCCACCCAGCCCUCCACGGCAGGACCAGCAGCAGCAGCAGCACACACACUCACACACACUCACACACCCUCACACACACACAGCAAACGGCAGCCGGGGGGCCAGCACUGACAGCAGCAGCUCCCGGGAAGAGGACAGCGGCGUUCCUGUUCCUGUCGGUGUUCCGGCUUUCUGUCCCGGUGCACAGCGGAGCCACAGUGCAAGAGCACCCAUGGAGGAACCCACAGGCAAUACUGUGGUCAUCCGCAUUGGUAUCCCAGACCUACAACAGACGAAAUGUAUGAAAUUCAAUGUGGAUGUUCCUAUCUGGCUGUCCAAGCAGAGAAUCCUGUGCACUCUAAACCACAGCUUGAAGGAUGUCCUCAACUAUGGCCUAUUCCAGCCGGCUUAUAAUGGCAAGGCUGGCAAAUUUCUGGAUGAGGAGAGACAGCUAAGGGAAUACCCCUUUCCAUCCAUCGCCCCUGUACCUUACCUGGAGUUCCGCUAUAAAAGACGUGUCUACACUCAGACUCACCUGGAUGAAAAGCAGCUCUCAAAGCUCCACACCAAGGCAAACUUGAAGAAGUUUAUGGAGUAUGUGCAGCAGAGAAACAUUGAAAAGGUUUCAAGGUUCCUGGAGAAAGGCCUGGACCCAAACUUCCAUGAUCCAGACACAGGAGAAUGUCCUUUAACACUGGCGGCACAGCUGGAGGGAUGUGCAGAUCUCAUCAAGGUGCUGAAGAGUGGAGGGGCACAUGUGGACUUCAGAACAAAGGAUGGCAUUACUGCUUUACACAAGUCUGUGCGCAGCAAGAACCAUACAGCGCUUAUAACGCUGUUGGACUUGGGCGCAUCACCUGACUAUAAAGACAGUAGGGGGUUGACUCCUCUGUACCACAGUUCGAUGGUCGGAGGAGACCCCUACUGCUGUGAGCUGCUGCUGCACGAUCAUGCCCAGGUCGGCUGUGUGGAUGAGAAUGGCUGGCAGGAGAUACACCAGGCAUGCCGCUAUGGCCAUGUGCAACACCUGGAACAUCUGCUGUUCUACGGAGCUGACAUGAGUGCUCAGAAUGCAUCUGGAAACACUGCUCUGCACGUGUGUGCUCUCUACAACCAGGAUAGCUGUACGCGAGUUCUCCUGUUCCGAGGGGCCGAUAAAGAGAUGAAGAACUACAACAGCCAGACUGCCUUUCAGGUGGCUAUCAUCGCAGGAAACUUUGAUCUGGCUGAAAUCAUAAAAGUCCAUAAAGUAUCAGACAUUGUACCUUUCCGGGAGACCCCCUCCUACACCAGCCGUCGACGUAUGAUUGCUGGCCCCCUGCCCUCGCCACGUUCCUUGCUCCGAUCCGCGAGUGACAACAAUCUGAACGGGGACCACGAUCACAUCCACAGUCAGGCCCCCCGAGAAAUUCGCGGCCGCCAGGGUCACUCCCCUGUCCCCUCACUGCGCAGUCUGCCAGCUUUUGGGCAGCAACACAGCAGCUUCGGAGAGAGCCGUCAUGGCGAGAUGCCUGACAGCAGUCUCCAGAGUACCGGCAGCUCAAGAUCCUCCCAUUCACGUUCGCCUUCACUACACCACAUGCAUGAAGAGGACAAGCCGAUUCCCAGAAGGUCCCACAGCCAUGGCUACCCUCACGGACACGGCCCUCGUGGAAGACUCAGCCCCGGCUCAGUGCAGCGAGAUCCGAGCCCCCCUCAUCACACACCUCCAGCGCUGACAGGUCCCCGUGGGCCCAAACGGAAACUGUACAGUGCUGUCCCAGGACGUACCUUCAUCGUGGUCAAGCCUUACACGCCACAGGGGGAGGGAGAAAUCCAACUCAACCGUGGAGAGAGGGUCAAAGUGCUGAGUAUCGGAGAAGGAGGUUUCUGGGAGGGCACGGUCAAAGGAAGGACAGGAUGGUUUCCAGCAGACUGUGUGGAAGAAGUUCAGAUGAGGCAGUUUGACCCUCGGCUGGAGACUCGGGAAGACCGCACCAAGAGACUGUUCAGACACUACACUGUGGGAUCCUAUGACAACUUCACCUCAUACAGAAAGGUUUGUUACGGGUCUCCAGACUCCAGCAGCAGGAGCUUUGUGUUCCCUUGUGACUAUAUCAUAGAGGAGAAGAAUGCUGUUUUGCAGAAAAAAGAAAAUGAAGGAUUUGGCUUUGUGUUGCGAGGAGCCAAAGCUGAGACGCCCAUUGAAGAGUUCACUCCGACCCCAGCAUUCCCUGCCCUGCAGUACCUGGAGUCUGUUGAUGUGGAGGGAGUGGCCUGGAGGGCUGGUCUGAGGACAGGAGACUUCCUCAUUGAGGUAAAUGGGGUGAAUGUAGUGAAGGUGGGCCACAAGCAGGUGGUGUCCUUGAUCCGGCAAGGGGGCAACAGGCUGCUGAUGAAGGUGGUGUCUGUCACACGCAAACCCGAGUCUGAGGAAGUCAUUCGUAAGAAAGCUCCCCCACCACCCAAGAGAGCUCCUAGCACCACCCUGACACUGCGCUCCAAGUCCAUGACCGCUGAGCUCGAGGAACUGGAGAGACUAGACGAAAUGUUGGCAUCCCAAGAGUCUAUGUUACGUUCUCAGCCCUUGGAGGCAGAUUACAGAGCAGCCACUGUCAAACAACGGCCUACCAGCAGGAGAAUAACACCAGCAGAGAUCAGUUCACUGUUUGAGAGGCAGGGGAUGACUCUACAUGGAGGUCUUCACCCAGGCAUGGAGAGAGGUCACAUACCACUACCAAAGGGGAUGUCCAGGACAAAGUCUUUUGGUGCCACUGAGGAGGAUCGACUGUCUGCCCUGGCAGGCGAGCACCGAUUUCCCCGUAGUUCCUCUAUGACAGACAGCCUCCGAGACCACUCGCAACCCCAUCCCAUCCCGCCACCUCCACAGACAGCACCUCCUCCUCCUCCUUACUACUUAGACACUGGUCCUCCCCCGGCCUUUUGCCCCCCUCCUCCACCAUCUAGGACUCAAAGUCAGGGCCAUGAGCCUGGAGGACGCUCCAGCUUCAAGCCCACCUCCUUGGACCUGCCUUACGAGGCGGCUCAGCGGCAGGCCACUCACUUAGAGAGACAGAAAAAAGCCCGCUCCAUGAUCAUCCUCCAGGACUCUUCCCAUCUGCCCGUAGAACCUACAGAAAUCCCCCGACCCUCUGCUGCUACUCCACCUGAGCGCAUCAAAAGGAAGGGUCGGGUUAUUGACAACCCUUAUGCUAAUGUGGGUCAAUUUAGUAUUGGACUGUACACACCUACCAAGCCCCAGAGGAAGAAAAGUCCCCUGGUAAAACAACUACAGGUGGAAGAUGCACAAGAAAAAGCUAGUUUGGCCUUAGCUGCUGCCCACUCCCGAGACAGCUCACCCUCAAGACGACACCAAUAUACCCAGGGGCAUACACACACCAGCCGUGCAGAUUACUACCAGCAGCAGCUGAUGGCAGAGCGAGAACGUUUGCGUGCCCAGGGAGAGAUGAUGUUUCAGGGUAAGGGCCCCUUUGCUGCAGCAAUUGCUGGAGCUGUAAAAGAUCGUGAGCGCCGUCUAGAAGAACGGAGGAAAUCCACAGUCUUCCUUUCUGUUGGUACCAUGGAGGGGGCAUCUUCCACCAGCUGCGAUGCCCCCUCCCUGACUCAGUCUCACUCCAUCGAUGAGCGAUUGCUCACCAGAGAGCUGGGUCACCUGCCUCCGCCUGCCUUGGCCCUGAGCCCCUCACCUAGUGGGACCACUUUCAUUCAUCCGCUCACAGGAAAACCCCUGGACCCAAACUCACCACUUGCUCUUGCGCUGGCCGCAAGGGAGAGGGCACUGACCCAGUCCCCAACUAGCAGCCCAGAGCCUAGGACUAAACAGGAGCGGGUAGGCCAGGGCAUAAUAUUCAUUGACGCUCAGACCAAAGAGUCUCCACAUGAAGGGGCACCUACAUCUCCCCCUUUCUCUCCCAAAAACACCAAGGCAGCAGGGUAUGGAGUUGGAGCCUCCCCAGCAUCCAUUUUAGUUCACCAGCCCACUAAGCAGUGGGCCCCCUCACAGUCACCUGUAUCGUUCCGGCAGGAGAUGGAGGCCAGAGUAGAGGAGAGAAAGGAGGAGAAAAGACUAGAGGAUAAAAAAAGUAUGUUGAUCAGUAUUAUGGAUACAUCGCAGCAAAAGACAGCAGGACUCAUUAUGGUUCACGCCACCAGUAAUGGCCAGGCUGUUGGGGUAGGCUCAGAAACAGAACAGACCCCUGCCCCUGCCUCAAUUGAGCCCAGCAAAUCUCCAAGUCCACUGGCUAAAUCUCCCAGUCCCACAGCCUCCCAGCCCAAGCUCCUGCCUCAAACUCAGCAUCCUGCAAGUCCUGCCCAAGACAAGAGUCUGGUUCAGGGAAGCUCCGAGGAAGAUGUGGAUCCGUACACAGUGACCCUGCCUCCUGUAAUUUUGUCCUCAAGUGAUGAGGAAACAAGAGAGGAGCUACGGAAGAUUGGAGUCGUUCCACCACCAGAUGAGUUUGCUAAUGGGCUACUGGCACGGGCAAAGGAGACUCCAGUGUCCCCAGCUAAACCUUCCACACCUCCCACAGCCCCUGCAAUACCAACAUCCCAAACUCCCUCUACCCCGACAACCCCGACUGUGACCCCCACCCAGCAUCAGGCUCCCAAGCCCCCACCACCACCCAAUGCAGCAGCUGUCUCAGGGAAGACCUUUUACCCUCGGGAGCCCCCACCGGUGGGCGAGUCUGGCUCUGCGGCCGACUCAGGCGUGGAGGAGGCUGACACGCGCAGCUCAAGUGACAGAGAGCGAGACCACCAUCUCGAGACCACCAGCACCGUCUCCACAGUUUCCAGCAUGUCCACGUUGUCCUCAGAAAGCGGCGAGCCUGCCGACACUCACACCACCCACACCUCCUAUGCCGAAGGACAGACUUUUGUGCUCGACAAGCCGCCAGUGCCUCCUAAGCCUCGACUUAAGUCCCAGAUAGGUGGCAGUAAAGGCCCUGUCACCUUCAGGGACCCUCUGCUGAAGCAGAGCUCUGACAGCGAGCUGCUGUCACAGCAACAGGCUGCUGCCUUGGCUGCUGCUGCGGCAGGAGGAGCUGGGCUCCCCUUUGGUGGUUCAGCCUCAGUGACUGGACUAGGUCCCACCAAGCCACGCUACCUCUUCCAGCGGAGGUCCAAGCUAUGGGGGGACCCAGUGGAGCCCCGUGGGCCAGGAAUGGGGCUAGGUAUUGGGAGUUUGGGUAAUCUUGGUGGGCUUGGACUGGGGCUGGGUGCAGAUGACGGAGCAAAACCAUCUGUUAUAGGGGAGCUCAGUUCACGACUCCAGCAGCUAAAUAAAGACACUAGAUCACUAGGAGAGGAACCACUGGGCGCAUCACUUGACCCAGGGAGGAAGUCACCUGUGGCAGGUGCCAGACUUUUCAGCAGCCUAGGCGAGCUCCACACCAUUUCUCAACGAAGUUAUGGCACCACAUUCACCAUCCGCCCUGGUAGCCGUUAUCCCGUCACCCGACGCACCCUCAGCCCAGGUUCAGGCUCGCCUGAUCGGGGCGACCCUCUUGGAAGAUUUUCAGGCUACGGCCUGCCCCCCUCACCAACAACACCACCGCAAACCAUCCUCAAAUCCUCCAGCCUCAGCCUGCCCCAGGAGCCUAAAGAGGUCCGCUUUGUCAUGAGGAGCUCCAGCGCCCGUGCCCGCUCUCGCUCCCCUUCCCCGUCACCCUCCCAUUCACCAGGGCUGGGUUCCCCACUUUUAGCCCUGCGGCCCUUCCACCAAAAACCCCUCCACCUCUGGAACAAGUACGACGUCGGAGACUGGUUGGAUAGCAUCAACCUGGGUGAGCACAGAGCAGGGUUUCAGGAACACGAGAUCGAAGGCUCUCAUCUUCCAGCUCUGACCAAGGACGACUUUGCAGAACUGGGAGUGACACGAGUUGGACAUCGCAUGAACAUUGAACGAGCACUGAAACUGCUGCUGGAGAGCUGACCCCUGCCUGGGGACAGAGCAACAGUUGGAGAGGAAGAUUCGGAUUGAACUGGGAAGAUACAGAGCUAAUGAAAAGACACAAAAGGGAACAGAUAAUUAACGCUCCUCUUUUACUCUGGCUGCUUUUAUUUUCUGCAUCACUAAUGUUUACUUAUGGUCCUUAGUGACACUUUUCCUUCCCAUCCUGCAUAAAUACCCUGAACCUGGCACUGCACUGAAGACGAGGAGUCAACGCUCUACUCGGCCCUUUGUAUCUGCCCAACUCCUCGCCCACAGCCAAUCAGAUCAGACUUCAAAAUGGGCUCUGGUGUUUCUUUACCAAGCAGAAUUACAUGAGCUCCAAUUUAACAUUUGAUUUAUGAAAGCUUCAGUUGGUCCCUGACUAACACCCACACGUUCUCUGUCCCUGUUCCCUCUUGUCCUUCUCUACCUCUAUCCCGCCAUCCACCAGGCCUCUGAAGGCCUUCGCAGUUUGAGUAAAGGAGGAGGAGGAAGAGAUUUUGAUCCAAACACAGAGCUCAGUUGCCUUUCAAAUAAUUUCUACAGAGAUCAACAGUGAUGAACACGGGACUAAGGACGUAGUGUUGACACAGCUCUGACGAGGUGUGUCGUCUCUAUAACCUGCUGUUGUUUUUAAACCGAAGACUUUCGAGCCCAGAGGUGGAGCUCCACCAAGUAAACCACGGGAGAAAACCCCUCCGCCUUGGUACCCAGACUGUGCUAUCUAUUAUAUUUGGAGAAUGUUUAACCAACAAUCGUGGCUUUUUUCAUAAUCAAUUUUUUGAUUUUUCCAAAGGGAAUAUUAUAUAUAGGUAUUAUAUAAUAUGAUAUAUAUGUAUCUAAAUAUAGCUUUCAGAAGAAAAGACAAUGUCGCAAAGAGGAAAUGUAAUAAAUUAAUCUUCGCCUGUUUUGGGUUUUUAGUAUAGAGGGCAAAGAGAAAUCUUUAAAUUUAUUCCACCAAUAGUUUACUCAUUUCUACCAAUUAUAUACAUAUAUAUAAAUAUAUAUAUUUUAAAGAAAAAAGUACAUAGAUAUGGAAAUGAUUUUUUUUGUCAUAGGUAUAAAAUUUUCCUUAUGGUCACCCUAUCUUGAACCGUAGCAUGACGAGUUGCAUCAUGGUCUUGAACAGAGAGUUUGUCGUUUGUUUUUAUUUUUCUUACAGUCUUCCUUCAUACUAAAGGGCAUCCCGUAAUGUGAGGCUGAGGCCGCAGGUGACACCCAUCCCCACCGCCUCUUCUGCUUCAGAGCUCACCAGCAUCUCGGAUUUAUCCAACUGAUUAGACAGGGAGGGGGGGAUCUUCAUCUUAUUCCUGUUAAUCACUCAGAGAUGGAAGUUUGGGGCACUAGCAUGGAGGGUUUUUUGGCUGUUUUAUCAUCAUUUCAAAUUCUUACCUGCAAGGACAUUUUAACACCACAGCAUUGUGAAAAACGUUAGACGGCUAGUGAAGAAAUUUCCAUCCCUGCGACCCCUGAGGAUGCUUCUCAGACUGAGCUGCACGAGGUCUGAAAGCAGGUCAGGAAACGGAAACAUUGGGGGUUUUCUCAUCAACUGCAGAGAGGAAAUGACCAAGGACGUACGGCAGACAUCUUUUAAGGAUAAAAUUGUCCUAUAUAAGGGAACAAGUUAAGUGUGUGAACCUGAUUAAAUAAAGUUUAAAUUUAUUAUUUCCCUUAAAAUCUCACCGACAAAAAAACUUGCCACACAAGGCCUCAAAUGACCUGGACGUACAGAAUCUGAAAAGAGAUGACUGGAAAUGUGUCUGUGGCUCAUCAGGCCCUGGGGAUGGGAACGCUUCUGUAAGGUCUUAAAGAAAAUUCAGUAUUUUUUCAACCUGGAAGUGUCUUGCUACAUCGCUGCUUCUCUGUAUCUCUGCAAUUUACUUAGUGAGUAAAAUAUCAUUAACAGCAGCAGCUUUAAACAUAAGACCCAGGUUGUAAAUGUAAAAAACUGAAACUGAAUUUUCCUUUAACAAUAUAAAAUCUAUAAUUGUACUCAUGAGUAGCUUCUGCUGGCAGUGAGAAACAGUGAGUUUUAUUCACGACAACAAAGCAUUUUAUCCAUUUCUUCUAUUACCACAAAACCACCUCCAUACAGCAGCAGGACGCCACGGCACUCCUUCCUGGCGGUGAGUUGUGUACAUUUACAUUUUCUCUUCUUUUGAACAGUUUGUAAAAGCAGGUUGUGAAUAUAACGUGGUAUCUGGGUUGUAGGAAUAGCACUCACUGCCUCACUGUGACCUCACUGAUUAUUUUAAUUUCUGACUCCAGGGUUUUCGUCCUCAAACUCAUUUGGACUUUUUUUUGUUAAGGGUUGUUUGAUUAUAAUUUUUUUGUUGUGUGUGUUGAUUUGUUACCCUCAGACACUGGGGGGUUGAUUUUGUAGCGUGUGAAACAUGAUACUUAAAUUUCUUCACUCAUUUGAAUUUUAGUGACAGAAAAAGAAAAAACUGAUAUCCUGUCCAUUCUAAACAUACUGACACUUGUAAAAAUGAACAAACUACAAAUGUUUCUUCUUUCUUUCUUUUUUUUUAAAGAUCACAAGCAAUGUAUAUACGAUAGAUUUCAUAUAAAUUUUUGAAAAACAAAAAGUAUAUAGAUCUAUAUAUGAAUGUUUGGCAUAUAUGCAUAGUUAAUCACCUGUGGAAAAGGUGAGCAGAUUUUAUUCUUUCUAUGAACUCUUGAACUUUUGAACUCUGAACUAUGAACUAGGGGAUGAUUUGCACAAAACAAGGUGACAAGGUGCUAACAUUAAAAGCCACCCCAUCGUUCAAGCGCAUGCGUGCAUCUGGAUUCCCUGAAUCUGUGUGUGGUCGCUCCUCCUCGGCGUGUUUACAGAUGUGUGUAUGUGUGCAGAUGCAUGUUUCCAUUUUGUGUGUGUGUGUGAGAGUGUCGAUGAGGAUACACAUAUGACAGUGAGAGAGUGUGUGGUUGAUUACUAGGGUUCACAUCACUGAAGUUAGUCCACUAUAGCCUUACUGUGAUACGAUCAGAGAUUCCCGGCAGUGGCUGUGUCACACAAACACGCACACAGACAAUAGGUACACACGUAUACAGAACAAUGCACACACUCACCUCCGACUCCUGACCGAACAUUAUUGUUUUCCUGUUUCGUUCUGAGCGGCAUCUUCAGAACUGGACUGUCCUGCCCCAGAGGAAGGGAGGGGCAGAAAGAGGGAGCGCGAUCACCCUGGGGAUACUGAAUGAAACCAUUGUUAACAUUUUCUACUGUAACUCACCUUGGAGGUGUGUAGCUGAGUCCUGCGCACAGUCACUGUUUUGUACGCCCAUUCCCAGAUGGCAUUUGCGCUCCUUACCCUCCACUCUGUCUGGCAGCACUCCUUUUUCCUUUUUCAGACAUUGGGUUUCUGAGUUUUUUGGGGUUAUGCUAUAUGAGGUGACCCAGUGAGGAGGAAACGACACAAAGAAAAAAAAGGUGCCAAAAAAUAAACUUUGAACUGUAUAUUUGUCUUUGCUUUAGGACUAUCUUAGUUACAGCAUUCUUGAGCUGUUAGACUCAAUAAUAUGGUGCCAUCUCCUGGAAAUCUUGAGAACUACAGACAUUUGUGAGAUCCUUCAGUAUUUCCGACAGGUGGAAAUACAGUCAUUGUUAUUCUUUUGUGAAGAUGCAGGAUAUAUGUGUAUAUGAUACAUUUAUAUAUACACAUGUAUCUUACCUGUGAGCUUUGCAACAACAUGGUUUCUAUUUAACAUUUGAGACAAGUAUCAAAACUGCUUGAUUUUACUGUGAUGAUGGUUAUUAUCCGGCUUGGCUUACUGUUCCCCUAUAAAUACAAAGAGAUGACGUGUGCAGUCUGGACUCACACAGGCUGAUGUGCUGAGGAGCAACAAUGCUGUAGUGAAUACCUGUUUGGGUUGUUGUGUAAGUUUACCAAAUUAACAGAUGCAAAAUGAGCAGCGUGUAAUAGACUUACACGUCAUUAGGUCAAAUAAGUUCAACGAGGGGGUUUAUCUUUGUCUUAUUUUCUAAUCAACAAAGCACAAUCUACAUAGUGUAGGGGGAGCAGUUUUUAAAAACCCACUGGGCUCCGGUCACCCACCGGAACCAGUGAUCUUAUCAUGAAAGGUUUUUUUUCUUUCAUUGUUGGUUUUCUCCUUGUUUGCACUGUGAAGUUUAGAAUGGUGGACGUAUCGCUGCAACACCUCAGCCUUGUCUCCCAGGGAUCACGUCCCCUUCUCGGCAUCUGACGAGCAGGAAAAUCAUCAAACUAUUCUCCAAGCGAGUGACGCGUUACUGAUACGAUUUUAAUACGCAAAAAAAAACAAGUUGAACUUAGAGCACGCAAGAAGCUACCUAGUAAUACUCCGAGAAAGGGUGACAGUGAAGUCUGAGGCAAGAUCUGAGAUGUUGCCCAGGAUAUCUCCACCACAGAGAUAUAUGUUUGUUAUAUUAUGUAAUAAAUUUAUAAUUAAAACAUGA